CCCAGGAUGGUUUUAGUGCAUGUCGGAUACCUGGUUCUCCCCGUAUUCGGCUCAGUCAGAAACAGAGGAUCCCAUUUCAACCGGCAACAGCAGCAGCAGCAACAGCAGCACAGCCAUGCUACCUCUUGCCGGCACUUCCAGCUAGGCCCUCAGGCCCCGCUCCCCAUGGACUUCCCCAUGCCCCACCCCGGGCAGCCCCAGUCAGGCAUUAACCCCCACCUCGCCCCACCGGGCCACCAGCAUGGCCCCCCUCUCCACGCACCCCUCAACCCCCUGCCAGCGCCCCAGUUCCAGGAUAUCUCCGCCCCCCCCUUCCUACCUCAGGCAUUACACCAGCAAUACCUCCUGCAGCAGCAGCUCUUGGAGGCCCAGCACCGACACAUCCUGCCGCCAUCCAGACGCACCCCAGAGAGAGUUGCCCACCAGACCCACAGACUGAGACCAGGGUAUGAGUUCGCCCCCCCUCUCCAUGUCACCCCUCAGCCUGUGCUCCAGCAGCCCCGUUACCUGGCCGAAGGGACAGACUGGGAUCUGAGUGUGGAUGCCGGGAUGCCCCCCCACCAGUACCACCUCCAUCCACUGCCACAGCACUAUCAGCACUACCUAACCUCUCCCCGGAUGCACCACUUCCCCAGGAACAAUGCCUCAACACAAGUGGUCGUCCACGAGAUCCGGAACUACCCGUACCCACAGCUCCACCUGCUGGCUCUGCAGAGCCUCAACCCCUCCCGCCACGCUUCAGCGGUGAGAGAGAGCUAUGAGGAGCUCCUGCAGCUGGAGGACCGGCUGGGCAGCGUGAACCGCGGGGCUGUCCAGACCACCAUAGAGAGGUUCACCUUCCCACACAAGUAUAAGAAGAGAAUACCACAGGACCUGAAGAUGUGUCUUGAGGACGAGGAGCUGGACACGGACGAGAAGUGCACCAUCUGUCUGUCCAUGCUGGAGGACGCAGAGGACGUCAGGAGAUUACCCUGCAUGCACCUCUUCCACCAGGGGUGCGUGGACCAGUGGCUGGCCACCAGCAGGAAGUGCCCCAUCUGCAGAGUGGACAUUGAGACCCAGCUGUCCGCCGACAGUUGAUGCCCCCUCCUGCGGGCCACCCGUGCAGCUUUUUGGAUCUGGUCACGUCAUUCUUCUACCGCCCCCUUCUGGAGGGAGGCCGGAGGUCGAGCGCUGCCAAACGACGACAACACCACCUCCUCCUCCUCCUCCUCCUCCUCCUCCUCCUCCUCCCGCCCUCUGCACCACCCAAUGAGCCUGCCUUCUGAGCCAGCCGAAGAGCCAACCCAAUGUGGACGAGGGGAUCAACAAAGCACACGCAACACGGCAAGGAAAUGUUGGGUUGGGGCAGGGGGGAGGGCCGAUGCAUAGGUAGAGGGCUCAUUAGAUGGACGCUUGACUCUGGCUGAAUGGGAGAGAAAAAAAAAAGGGGGUAAAUGUCCAAAGACAGAUGUGCUGAGGCUUCUUGUGACUCUGUCAGAUUGUGUUCCCCGGUCCACUUUCUCCCUGUUACCGCCACCAAGAUGUAACGCGCCAAAUCUUUCAAACUCUCUCUCGCUCCCUGUCUCACUCGCUGUGAUGAGGUUCUCCCAAUCCCCUCCCCAAACCCCAUCACUGUUUCUGCCACCUCUUUUUCUCCCUCAUCACGCCCCCGACCCCACCCCCCCAGGCCUGUGAAAAACAAAUCCUUUAAGCUAGCGCCCCCUAGCCAAGCCCUCAGUACAUCUGUACAGAACAUUAACCAGUGGUUGGCAUGAGGUUGUAUGGUGUGCACUCUUGUAGCUGAAUGCUUGUGGUGUUUUGGAGUCUAGUACUGAAUUUCAAGUUAUUUGCAGAGUAACAGUGUUGUGUAGCAAGCAAAAAAAAAACCUUUCGCUUUAAGACAUAUUUACGUGAAUUAUAUAACCGCAGAGAGGAGAAAUGCAACUUUUUUUUCUUUUUAAAACGUGAAGAUAUUUGGAAUGUUAAAUCUUCAUAGGCAUUACAUAGAAGGAAGCUUUACAGAAUCUGUUAAAAAAAAAAAAAGGCCAAAAAACUCUCAGUAUCUCUCUCUGGCGCUCUCUCGCGCACUGUCCCUCUCUUUUAUCUAACAUGGUCUUGGAUUUACCGUUAGUAGACGUCAUCAGAGUUGAUGCUAAAACCGCUAACUGCAGGCAUGGCUUCCAGUGAUCUGUGUAGUGUUUGUAGCCGGGCCUCUCUACCCUAGAGCGGAGGCCCGGGAUGUGCAUGCUGUAUGGCAGGCUUGGGCUGUGUCGUAUUGUGGACAGGGAUUGUUUUCUACCCCAAGUAGAGAACAGGGAGUGUGUGCACGCCUGCGCGUAUGCGUGUGUGUCGUGAGCAUGUGAAACCGUAUACGAUGACUCUGCCGAUCCCACUCACCCUUGGAGGGGGACCAGAAUGCACCCCAGUCACACCCCAUCACACUCUCCUCUCCACCCUAACACACACACACACACACACACACACACACACACACACACACACACACACACACACACACACACACACA